ACAGCGCACGCGCAUCUCCUCAGCGACCCAGGAUUUCUUGAAGAAGCUGGUCCCUUUUCGGUCCCUCCCAGUGAUCGGGGGGAGCUGUUAGCUUCGCCAGCAGCUGCAGAGCAGCAGGGGUGGCCCAUGGACCUGCCAGAGAGCCAGGCAGGUGGCCCCUCUGCCGAAAGGUACCUCUGGGACCAGCCAGAGGAGGGGAGCCUGGGGGCGCAGCUCAGCUUAGAGGAACAAAUACUCAACUCCACGUUUGAAGCUUGUGACCCCCAGAGGACAGGCACUGUGGCUGUGACCCAUGUACUAGCCUACCUGGAGGCUGUGACAGGACGGGGCCCCCAGGAUGCACGCCUGCAAACACUGGCCUGCAGCCUGGACCCCAAUGGGGAGGGCCCUCAGGCCACUGUGGACUUGGACACCUUCCUGGUCAUCAUGCGGGACUGGAUUGCUGCCUGUCAGCCGGAUGGGGGAUUAGAGCUGGAAGAGGAGACCGCCUUUGAGGGAACCCUGACCUCCCAGCAACUGCCAUCUGGAUGCCCAGAAGCUGAGGGUCCAGCCAACCUGGAGAGCUUCGGAGGCGAAGACCCCAGACCUGAGUUGCCCACCACAGCUGACCUGCUGAGCAGCCUAGAGGACUUGGAGCUCAGCAACCGCCGGCUGGCCAGGGAGAACGCCAAACUGCAACGCGGCGUGGAGACGGCCGAGGAGGGUUCCCUGCGCCUCGGGGAGGAGAUUGUGGCUUUGCGCAAGCAGCUCCGCAGUACCCAACAGGCUCUGCAGUUUGCCAAGGCCAUGGAUGAGGAACUGGAGGACCUGAAGACUCUGGCCAAGAGCCUGGAGGAACAGAAUCGCAGCCUUCUGGCCCAAGCCCGGCAGACGGAAAAGGAGCAGCAACAGCUGGUGGCUGAGAUAGAGAGUCUGCAGGAGGAGAACGGGAAGUUGCUGGCCGAGCGGGAUGGAGUGAAGGGGAGGAGUGCGGAGCUGGCCACGGAGAAAGAUGCUUUGAAGCGGCAACUCUACGAGUGUGAACGCCUCAUUUGCCAGCGGGACGCCACCCUCUCCGAGCGCACUCGCCACGUGGAGAGUCUGGCCAAGACCUUGGAGGAGUACAGAACCACAACCCAGGAACUGAGGCUGGAAAUCUCACACCUGGAGGAGCAGCUGAGUCAGACCCAUGAGGGGCUGGAUGAGCUACCCGAAGGGGCUCAGGUGAGGAGAGUGGACUGGACCAAGCUGCCACCACCAUCGCUGGGUGUGGAGAUCCAGGCCAUUCAGCAGAAACAGGAAGUGGCAGCCGCCGAUCUCUCCAGCCCUUUGUGUGGCGUGUGGCAGUGGGAGGAGGUCAUCAAUGAGACCAGUGAGGAAGCUGAGUUUCCACCUGAAGCCCCAACUGGGGCGCAGAGAAACUUCCAGGGAGGGCCUGCGUACCCUUGUGAAGGAAGGAAGGAGCGAUCAACGUGGUUGCCCAGAAGAGAGGAAGAAGAGGAAGCAGAGAUCCGUGUCACGGUGGAUCUCCCCAUCCCUCUGGGAGACUCACAUCCUGGAGACAUCCCAGGAAGCCCCCCUGAGAGCAGGCCCUCAGAGCCGGAGCUGCAGCAAGCCCUGGUGCCGGUGGUGAAGGAGCUGGUCCCAGUCAGGAGGCCAGUCUGGGGCCAACUCUGCCUGUGCCCCCUGCACCCCCAGCAGCUCAGGUGCACCCCAAGGUGUCUCCAGAAGGAGGGUGGUGGUCAUACAGGGCACUGCUGGGAUACCACGGGCUCCCCUAGGCCCCCCAAGCACUGUGCUGCCUCCCCACAGAGCCACUCGGCACCCGCUGAUCCCGGCGCCAGUCCUGGGCCUGCUGCUGCUGCUGCUGCUGCUCCUCCUGCUCUCUGUCCGGCUGCUGGGCCAUUCCCCACCCCCCACCUGGCCCCACCUCCAGCUCUGCUACCUCCAGCCGCCUCCAGUGUGAGGUACGCUUCCCGCCGCCUCAGAGCGGCGUCUAGUUCUGUGACUUACCUGGGGCUCUUUUUACUGUUAAUCUCCCACGGGGGUGCCACUGUGAUUUGGGAUUGUCCCACUGCCGGGACUCCAGAUACAGUGCUCCAGGGUCCGCAGCCCUGUAUUGGCUUCUUAUGUGAAGUCUCUUGGUUUUUUAACGUUGACAACUACAUUUCUUAACAAUAGCAAAACACAGCCAAUAAUGGAUUAAGCACUAGUGGUUAUAUUUCCCUCACAAAACAAGUCUGGAGGAGGGCAGUUGUGGACCCACAGCUCAGUCUCCAUAGCACCGGGCCCAGCGUGCUGUGAUUCUCUGUGACUCUCUUGGCCCUUCCCCUGUGCUCAGGAGAUGGCAGGUGUUGUAGCUUCAUACAUCAUAUCUGCAGGGAGAAGGGGACACAUCUCUUCCUUUUUAUAAAGAAAAGCAAUAGCCUUCCCAGAGCCAGCAGCAGACUCUGUCCUGUCGGUCAGAACUGUUUGGUAUGACCACCUCUAGCUGCAAGGGCAACUCGGAGAGCAAGCGUGUCUCCCAGCAGAAAAA